AUGAAUACAAUUCGACUACCGGUACAGAGUGUAUGGUCACCAGAUACAUCGCUACUCACAAGUGCUGACAACCAGUACCCGGGGUUUCCGUUGAUGCACAUUAACGAACUCAAAUUAAUUGUGUACAGCGAUGGAGACAUACUAAAAGUUGUACCCCAAGUUCUCUACACCCCGUGUAUUAUGGAUAUUACAAUGUUUCCUGUUGAUAUUCAGCAUUGUGAAUUGGAAUUCGAAUCGUGGUCAUUUUCUGACAAUGAAAUGAUCUUGAUACCUCGCUACGAUGAAGUAAAAUUCGAAAAAUAUAUACCUAAUGUUGAAUGGGAUGUGAGUUCGUCUAGUUUGACACCGAUACGAAGAAAAUUUACUGGAAUUAAUGACCGACAAAUCUUCACAAGCCUUAUUGCUACACUUGUUAUUGAAAGAAAGCCAUUGUAUUAUGUUGUAAAUUUGAUUUUGCCGUGUGUGAUGGUGUCUAUUUUAACACUUGUCGUAUUUUGUCUACCGUCGAAUUCUCCAGACAAACUCAACCUGAGUAUUUCGUUGAUGCUUACUCUGUACGUAUUUAAUUUACUCAUUACUGAUCUCCUGCCACCGACAUCGACAAACCUUCCUCUCAUUACUGUCUAUUUCCUAUUCAGUAUGUUCGCAAUUGCAAUUUCCGUUGCCGUAACAACUCUUGUUUCUAGGAUUUAUAAAAAAUGCGAAGUUAGCGGCAGACAGAAACCGGUGCCAAGGUGGAUUAAGAAACAUGUACUUGGCAAAAUGUACGUUUAUCUACUUUUGCCGAAACGACAACAUCUAGAAAAUGAUGGUGGCAGUGUUGAUUUCUAUAAACAUACAUCCGAGCAUGGACAAGACAAUAUACGUUUGAAAUGUGGACGUGGAACCCAAUGGUAUAAAACACAAUAA